UCCAGUAGGUGUCGCUGUGAGCGUUUCGGUCUCGUUCCUCCACACAUUCCCAGAAGCAGAAGAAGCCGUGCUGCAGUGUUGCUGAUUGAUGAGCUGAGCUCUCCGACUCUACUAAUCAUCUUUACAUUCCAAUAUUUCUGACAGGGUUUUACCCCCACAGUUCCAUCUGAUCCGUUGUGGGUGUAUUUGAGGUGGUUAACUGCGUUCUGCUGUAAAGCUCAAGGAAGAUAAAGAGACUCAACAAUGAUUAAUCCAGACGAGAUUAAAUUUGAGAAUGUGGAACCCACAGAGAUCUCCAGUACUCACCAAGUAUCAUCAGGCGCAUUGGUGGUGAAACCAGAUGAGAUUACGGUUGAGAUUCUGGAGCCAACAGAGAGCUCCAGUACUGACCGAUAUUCACCUGGUACUUUCUACACUAGCACCUCUGAUGGUCGAGUGCAUGAGCAAGUUUAUCAGUGUCUACAUUGUGGGAAAUGUUUUAGUAAAAAGACUAAUCUUCGAAGACACCAGCACGUUCACGCAGGUGAGAAGCCGCAUCAGUGCUCGGAGUGCGGUAUGAGUUUUAGCCGAAAGGGUAAUCUUAAAAAACACCAGCUUGUUCACACAGGCAAGAAGUCGUAUCAGUGCUCAGACUGUGGCAUGAGUUUUGCACAGAGGUAUACUCUGCAAAGACAUCAGCGCGUUCACACAGGGGAGAAGCCGUAUCAGUGCUCACACUGCGGGAAGAGUUUUGCUGAUAACCAUAAUCUGAUAAUACACCAGCAUAGUCACACAGGAGAGCGACCGCAUCGGUGUAUGGAAUGUGGAAAGGCUUUCAAGCGCAAGGACGCACUACAAGAGCACAAUCGCAUUCAUAACGGAGAGAAACUGUAUAACUGCCCAGAGUGUGGGAAGAGUUUUACUAAUCAGAGUACUUUUAAACGACACCAGCGGAUGCACAAAGGAGAAAAGCCGCAUCAGUGCUCGGAGUGCGGAAAGAGUUUUGUUGAAUACAGCAGUCUAAAACAGCACCAUCUUAUUCACACUGGGGAGAAACCAUAUCAGUGCUCACAUUGUGGGAAAAGUUUUACACAAAGGAGUAAAUUCCAGCAACACCAGCGCAUUCACACAGGAGAGAAGCCGCAUCAGUGCUUACUGUGCGGGAAGAGUUUUACUGAGAGAGGGACUCUCGUAAACCACCAGCGCAUUCACACAGGUGAGAAGCCGUAUCGGUGCUCAGACUGCGGGAAGAGUUUUAACCAGAGGGGUCACCUCCAACAACACCAGCGCAUUCACACAGGAGAGAGGCCUUAUUACUGCUCACAGUGUGGGAAGUGUUUUACAGAAAGCGGGCAUCUCGUUAACCACCAACGUAUUCACACCGGAGAGAAGCCGUAUCAAUGUGUGCAAUGUGGAAAGAGUUUCAAUCAGAAAAGUCAUCUGAAACAGCACCAGCGCAUUCACCCUAGUGAAACCAUACUGACUGUGACAAUAGUUUUUCCAUCUGAUCCGUUGUGGGUGUAUUUGAGGUGGUUAACUGCGUUCUGCUGUAAAGCUCAAGGAGUUCCACCACUAGUAAAGCCAGAAAAAAUUAAACCAGAAAUUCUGGUUCCUGAAGAGAUCCCCAGUAGACCUCCUCUCCACACUGACACCUCUGAAAGAGAAAUGCAAAAACAUAAUCAUCAUCAGUGUCCACGAUGUGGAAAAAGUUACAGUAAGGUGGGCAAUCUCAAAAAACACCAGUGUAUCCAGAAACAAAGGAAGCUGUAUCAGUGUCUGAACUGCGGCAAGAGUUUUAAACAAAACCACUAUCUCAAAGUCCACCAGCGCAUACACACCGGAGAGAAACCCUAUCACUGUGUGGAGUGUGGGCGGAGUUUCACCAUCCUGAGAACACUCCAACAACACCAGCGUACUCACACAGGAGAAAAGCCGUAUCAGUGCUCAGACUGCGGCAAGAGUUUCACACAAAGCAGCUUAUGCCAACAACACCAGCGCGCGCACACAGGUGACCGGCGGUAUCAGUGCUCAGAGUGUGGCAAGGGCUUCACCAAGAGUAAUAAUCUCAUAAAACACCAGCGAAUUCACACGGGAGAGAAGCCGUAUGUCUGCUCGGAGUGCUCGAAGGGUUUUACUGAUAGCAGUCAUCUCAUAAGACACCAGCGUAUACACACGGGAGAGAAGCCGUAUCAGUGCUUAGAAUGCGGAAAGACUUUUACUGAAAGGAGUAACCUCCAACAACACCAGCGCACUCACACUGGAGAGAAACUGUACUGUUGCCCGAACUGCGGCAAGAGCUUCAAACAGAACCACUCUCUUAAAGUACACCAACGCAUUCACACCGGAGAGAAACCCUAUCACUGUGCAGAGUGUGGGCGGAGUUUCACCAUCCUGAGCAGUCUCCAACACCACCAUCGCGUUCACACAGGAGAAAAGCCUCAUCAGUGCUCAGAGUGCGGCAAGAGUUUUACACAAAGGAGCUCUUUAAUAAAACACCAGCGCAUUCACACAGGAGACCGUCCGUAUCCGUGCUCAGAGUGUGGCAUGAGUUUUACACAAAGAGGUAAUCUACUAAUACACAAACUAAUCCACACAGGAGAGAAGCCAUAUCAGUGUGUGGACUGCGGUAAGAGUUUUACCCAAAGGGGAAUUUUCCAAGAACACCGGAUGAUUCACACAGGAGAGAAGCCGCAUCAGUGCUCAGAGUGCGGGAAGGGUUUCACUAAGAGGAAUAAUCUCAUUAAACACCAGAGAAUUCAUACAGGAGAGAAGCCGUAUGUCUGCUCACAGUGCUGGAAGAGUUUCACAGAGAGCAGUCAUCUCAUAAAACACCAGCGUGUUCACACAGGAGAGAAACCAUAUCAGUGCUUAGACUGUGGGAGGAGUUUUACCGACAGGGGGAAUCUUCUGCAACACCAGCGCGUUCACGCUGGAGACAAGCUGUACUGUGCAGAGUGCGGCAAAGGUUUUAAGAACCAAAGAAGUUUUCAGCGACACAAACGCAUUCACGCAGUCACAAAUGAAGACAUGCUGCAGUCCUCUUCAGAAAGAGCGGGGGUUGUCCCGUCUCCUCCGGCUGUGCUCUUUACAACAUGUCUUAAAUUUACUGUGGCAAAAUCUUCAAGAGAAUCAAACAAGAUGAAUUCUGACGAGAUUGAAUAUGACACCUUGGAAACCAGAGAGAUCUCCAGUACUCACCAAAUAUCAUCAGAAAUUCCAACUUUGAUGACAUUAGAUGAAAUCCAGUUUGAAGUUCUGGAAAGCACGUGUCAGCAAAGAAGUUCAUCUGGUUCUGUCCACACUGACACCUCUCACGGACAAACUUAUCAGUGUCCACACUGUGGGAAGAGUUACAGUAAAAUGAGUUAUUUCAAAAAACACCAGCAGACUCACAUUGAAGAAAAGCUGUAUCAGUGCCCGCAGUGUGAGAGGAGCUUCAGUCGAGAGGAUGCUCUCCACAUACACCUGCGCAUUCACACCGGAGAGAAACCCUAUCACUGUUCAAGCUGUGGGAAGUGUUUUACCCAGAAGAGUACUCUCCAAAAACACCAGCGCAUUCACACCGGAGAGAAGCACUAUCAGUGCUCACAAUGUGGCAAGACUUUUACAGAGAGCGGUGAUCUCAAUAAACACCAGCGCAUUCACACAGGAGAGAAGCCGUACCAGUGCUCGCAGUGUGGGAAGGGUUUUACCGUUAGUGGAAAUCUCACACGACACCAGCGCAUUCACCAAGGAGAGAAGCCUUACCGGUGCCCCGACUGUGGGAAGUGUUUUACUCAGAAGAGCACUCUCCAACAGCAUCUGCGACUUCACACAGGAGAAAAGCCAUAUCACUGCUUUCAGUGCGGGAAGAGUUUCACCGAGAGAGGCAACCUCCUCAAACACGAGCGCAUUCACACGGGAGAGAAGCCAUAUCAGUGCUCAGAGUGCGGGAAGAGUUUUAACCAAAGAGGUGCUCUCCAGCACCACCGGCGCCUUCACACUGGCGAGAAACCCUAUAACUGCUCAAAAUGUGGCAAAAAUUUUAGGACACAAAGAAAUUUUCAGCAACACAAACUCGUUCAUGCGGUUACAAACACAGACCCAGUGCAGUACACAUCAGAAAGUGUAGGAGAGCGCUAGAUUUAUUCUAACUGGACAAGUUCUUAGACUAAACCAUUCAUUCUGCAGCUGCAGGGAGAGUUUUGAUUUCAUUCCAAUAGAUGAACUAUUCAGAGGCAGUUCAAAUAUACUUUGAAUAGAUUUUCUUUAUCAUAAAUGCAUACAUAAGUUGCAUACAAAUUUUGAGAAUACAGUCCUGAUUGUUUCUGUUUUUAGGUUCCAGUUUUAAAACAGUAGCAGGUAAAUAAAUAAGUAAGUAUAUGAACAUUUGCUAGAACUUCGUCUAUUGUGCCAGUAUGGCCAAAGAGACUGAACAAAUGUCAUAAUGCUGUAAUCUAACACAGUAAAAAGGAAAUAAAUGGGAGGGAUUUGCUCAGUAAGACAGUUGUUGUCAUACGGGAAUAAUCCACUGUCAGAUGGUACAACCCUGCUGAAGAUUCUCAUAUAAAAGUGUAUAUUGAUCUUUUACAGUUAUGUGACCACCAUGACGUCUGUCACAACAGCACCAUUACCAACAUUACACUGCUGUGUAUUUCUGUUGAUACUGUAAUUACGUUUGAGGUGUAAUUAAGAGCCAAAUAAUUAAGGCACAAAUUACCUGAUGAUCUCACAGAUUAUCUGAUGCUUUGUCAGACAAAACAGUAACCUAACAAAUGAUGACUUUUGUUUUGCUGCUUAUUUUUAUAUGUAGUGUGUUGUGGUAGACUUAAUAAUUUAUUUAAAAAAUGAAUGAAGAAUGUAAUAAGGAUGUUUAUUUGCAGAAGUUUGAUUUAUCAUAACAUGAUUUUCUUAGAUGCUGUAAAAAGAUGUGACUACUUCUGGAUUUGGCGUUUGCUACUGAUGGUGUAAGCUUUAGUUCAUUUAGUCAUUAAAGGAGGUGCUUUAA